GGAGGGCAGGGCAGGGGAGCUGUGAGGGGAGGGCAGGGGAGCUGCUCUUGCUGUGAGUUGGCUGUUGGGGAGCAGGUUGCAGGCUGAGCGCCCUGUGAGUUGCAGUGAAGAUGACUGAGGAGGGGAAAGCUGAGAGCAAAGGAGACAUCAUCAGCGGCAAAGAUCUGGAGAAACAGCUUCGUCUCCGAGUCUGUGUUUUGACUGAAAUCCUCAAGACUGAGAGCGAUUAUGUGGAGACGUUGGAGUUUCUGGUCUCUGCAUUCCUCCAACGAAUGAUUCAGCACGCGGCUUCUAAAGUGGACAAGAAUGUGACUGAGGAGACCGUAAAGACGUUGUUUUCUAAUAUCGAGGACAUUCUCGCCGUCCAUAAAGAAUUCUUGGGAAUGAUUGAGGAAUGCCUACAGCCUGAGCCUGGUGCUCAGCAUGAACUAGGAAGUUGCUUUCUUCAAUUUAAAAAUCGAUUCUCCAUUUACGAUGAGUACUGUAGCAACCAUGAAAAAGCACAAAGGCUAUUAUUGGAACUGAAUAAAAUAAGGAGCGUACGGACGUUUUUACUGGGCUGUAUGCUGCUAGGAGGUCCAAAGAACCCUGAUGUCCCACUUGAAGGAUACUUAGUGGCUCCCAUACAGAGGAUAUGCAAGUACCCACUUUUGCUAAAGGAAUUGAUGAAGAGGACGCCAAAGAAACACAAUGACUAUGUGGCAGUUCUGGAGGCUCUUCAGGCAAUGAAGACUGUGUGCUCCACCAUUAAUGAAGCUAAGAGACAAAUGGAAAAACUGGAGAUUCUCGAAGAAUGGCAGUCACAUAUUGAAGGAUGGGAGGGUUCAAACAUAACAGAUACCUGCACUGAGUUGCUGAUGCAAGGGGUUUUGCUCAAAAUUUCAGCUGGCAACAUCCAGGAACGAUUUUUCUUCCUCUUUGAUAACCUGCUGGUGUACUGCAAAAAGAAACACAGGCGAUUGAAGAACACCUCACACCCUAAGAAAGCUGCUGAUGGGCAUCGUUACCUUUUUCGGGGCAGAAUAAACACUGAGGUCAUGGAGGUGGAGAAUGUGGAUGACGGAACAGCCGAUUAUCACAGCAGUGGCCAUACCGUCAUCAACGGCUGGAAGAUCCACAAUACCGCCAAAAAUAAAUGGUUUGUCUGUAUGGCCAAGACACCAGAGGAGAAACAGGAUUGGUUGGAGGCCUUUUUGAAGGAACGAGAAUGCAGAAAGUGUUUGAAAUUAGGCGUGGAGCAAGAUACCUGGGUGAUGAUCUCUGAAAAGGGGGAGAAGCUCUAUCACAUGAUGUGCAAACAUGGCAACUUAAUCAAGGAUCGGAAACGGAAACUCAGCACUUUUCCAAAAUGCUUCUUGGGCAGUGAGUUUGUCGCCUGGUUGAUGGAAAUCAAAGAGAUCAGUAAGCCUGAAGAAGGAGUUCACCUGGGACAGGCACUGCUGGAGAAUGGGAUCAUUCACCAUGUAACAGACAAGCAUCAGUUUAAACCGGAGCAUAUGCUGUACAGGUUUCGAUACGAUGAUGGGACGUACCAUCCAAGAAGUGAAAUGCAAGAUGUUAUCUCCAAGGGUGUCAGACUUUACUACCGGCUCCACAGUCUAUUCACUCCUGUGAUCAGAGAUAAAGACUAUCAUCUUCGAACUUAUAAGUCAGUGGUGAUGGCAAACAAGCUGAUCGACUGGCUAAUUGCACAGGGGGACUGUAGAACGAGAGAGGAAGCAAUAAUCCUGGGUGUGGAACUGUGUGACAAUGGUUUUAUGCACCACGUCCUGGAAAAAAGUGAAUUUAAGGAUGAACCUCUCUUAUUCCGUUUUUUUGCUGAUGAAGAAAUGGAGGUUUCAAACUGGAGGCAGAGGCACAUGCGGCAUGACUUGAAAAUCGUUGAAAAUGUCAUAGCCAAGUCAUUGCUGAUUAAAGCUCAUGAGGGCAGCUAUGGUUUUGCACUUGAGGAGAGGAACAAGGUACCUAUUGUGAAGUCUGUGGAGAAGGGAUCUUAUACUGAGAUGGCAGGUCUGGAGGUCGGGAAAAAGAUUUUUGCUAUCAAUGGAGACCUGGUUUUCCUACGACCCUUUCAGGAAGUGGAGUGUUUCCUGCAGCAGUGCUUCAAUAGCAAAAGGCCUCUGAGGGUUCUUGUGAACACGAAGCCACGAGAAACGAUAAAGAUUCCAGACUCUGCAGACGGACUUGGAUUCCAGAUCCGAGGAUUUGGCCCAUCAGUUGUCCACGCUGUUGGCAGAGGAACCGUGGCAGCAGUAGCUGGUCUGCAUCCUGGUCAGUGCAUCAUCAAAGUAAACGGGAUCAACGUGAGCAAAGAGAGUCAUGCAAGUGUGAUUGCUCAUGUCACAGCGUGCAGAAAAUACAAACGCCCUUCCCAGCACGAUUCCAUUCAGUGGGUGUACAACAAUACUGAGAGUGGUCAGGAAGAUACCCCAAAAUCCAACUUAAAGUCUCCAGGUUCAGGAGGAAAUGGCAUUGAUGUACAAGAUGGAUUCAAUGAAGAAGUCUUUGAUAAGUUCAAUACAAUGGCUUUAAUUGAUGGGAAGAAGGAUCACGUGAGUCUGACUGUGGAUAAUGUUCACUUGGAGUAUGGCGUGGUGUAUGAAUACGAUAGCACGGCUGGCACAAAAUGCCGUGUGCUGGAGAAAAUGAGCGAACCAAAGGGAUUUUUCAGUUUAACAGCGAAGAUCCUCGAAAGCUUGGCUAAGAACGACGAGCAGUUUGUGGAGAGCUGCGGCCGGCUGAGCUGUCUGAGUGAAGCAAUGUCUCCUGAACUUCACUCAAAAUUCAGCCGCAUGUGCAGCGAAAAGCUUGAGCGUAUUAACCGAAGGAUCACAAACUACAAGAAGUUUUCACGAGUUCUGAAAAACCGAGCCUGGCCCACUUUCAAGCAAGCGAAAUCUAAGAUUCCUCCACUGCACAGCAGUGAUUUCUGCCCGACCAAUUGUCACAUAAAUGUGAUGGAGGUGUCUUACCCAAAAAACGCUGCUUCACUGGGCAGCGUGUUUGGUGUGCAACUGGACAGCCGGAAACAAUCCACCAGUGACAUUGACAGCAAGAACCAGGACCAAGACAAAUUGGACCCAGUGGUGUAUAUCCAGCACUGCAUCACCACCAUGGCAGCUCCCUCUGGACACAGUUUGGGGCAGCAGGAUGGGCAUGGCCUUUGCUUCCUCCUGAAAGAAGAGGACGUGGAGACUCGGGAUUCAUACCAGAAGCUACUCAAUAAACUGCAGACAGUUGUAAAGGAACUGGAAACUUACAUCUCACAGAUUGAUGACCUCCUCUCAUCAAUAACACACCCGACGAUACCAGAGAACAGGACUUCCGAGGCUCUAAUAACAGGAGAGAACGAGACCGACAGGGGAGAACGCAAUAGUAAGAAAGUCUGCUUCGUGGUAACAGGAGAUGACCAGGAAGAUUCGGGUCACGACACAAUAAGCAACAGGGAUUCCUAUAGUGACUGUAACAGUAACAGGAACUCCAUUGCUUCGUUUACCAGCAUGUGUAGCAGCCACUGCGACUCCUAUGUACACAGUGAUGACAUGGACUCAGGCGAUGAGUUGCCUUGCAGUGUACGGAUUUCCCAUGAUAAACAGGACAAACUGCAUGGCUGCUUAGAACAUCUCUUUAGUCAGGUGGAUUCGAUCAGUAAUCUUCUGAAGGGGCCUGUCGUGACAAAGGCUUUUGAACAAACCAAACACUUCUACCCGGAACGGAGUUUACAAGAGUUCCAGCAGGAAAUGGAGUUGAAGGUCAGUUGCACGACACAACUGCGACUGAACGUGCAAAGAGAUCCAUGGAAUCUUCCCAAUGGCGUUCAUAACCUCAUACAGGCAAUCGCAAGAUUCGUUGAAGAGGUGAAGACUCGAGUUCUCUUGGCUCUUCUAGAGUACACAGAUACUGAUAUUCAGCUCCGGCAGGACAUGGUGUUUUGCCAGAGUCUUGUGGCCACAGUUUGUACUUUCUCAGAACAGCUUUUGGCUGCUUUGAACCAGAUGUACGACACCAAUCGGGAAUACGAAAUGGAGACGCAGGAGGCCAGUAAGAAGUGGCUAGAGCAAAUAGCCAGUGUAGGAAUCCUCUUUAACUUCCAGUCGUUGCUCUCUCCCAAUCUGAUGGACGAACAGGCCAUGUUGGAAGACACCCUGGUUGCCUUGUCCGACUUGGAAAAGAUCACGUUCUAUUUCCGACGGUCUGAAGAAGAACCAUUAGUAGCGAACACGCCCAUCACCUACAGAGUCGAGGGGAGUCGACAAGCCUUGAAAGUUUUCUUCUACCUCGAGGGAUACAAUUUUGAGCAGCUGCCUCAGAAGUUGCAAAAUGGAGGAGGUUUCAAGAUUUACCCAGUUCUUUUUACACAAGCAAUGGAAAGUAUGGAGGGCUAUUACUACAGAAACAAUGUGUCUGUAGAGGAAUUUCAGGCACAGAUCAAUGGAGCCUCUCUGGAGAAUGUGAAAAAUUAUUGCCAAAGACUCAGGGCAUUCUAUCUGGACAAGUCAAAUCUACCCCCGAACUCAUCCAAAGCUGCUAUGAUAGACAAGCUCCUGCGGCCUCUCAAUGCGUUGGAUGAGCUCUAUCGAUUGAUGGAAUCCUUUAUCAGGUCAAAACGAACUGCAGACUGUGCUAACACGGCCUGUGGGGCAUCUGGGGUUGGAUUGCUGUCCGUUUCAUCCGAGCUCUGCAGUCGCUUGGGAGCCUGCCACAUCAUGAUGUGCAACAGUGGAGUCCACCGCUGCACACUGAGUGUCACUCUGGAACAAGCUAUUAUUCUUUCAAGAAGUCAUGCGUUACCACCACGCUACAUCAUGCAAGCCACGGAUGUCAUGAGGAAACAGGGAGCAAGAGUGCAAAACUCUGCCAAGAAUCUUGGAGUGAGAGACCGAACACCACAUUCUGUCCCGAGAUUGUACAAGCUAUGUCAGCCACCGCCUGAUGGAGACUCAUGAAGACUUCUUCUGCCUUGUACAUAACGCACAGACUCUCAGUGAGAAACUCUUCAAUAACAGCAAAGGCCGUUUCUAUUCUAACUAAUGGCAUCAUCCUGGCUUGCUGAUGAGAUGCAGCUCGAACAGGCUGGUAAAAUGAUGUGUUGCCUGAAUGAAGUAUACAACGAUAAACCUUCGGCAUUUGAUCAACGGGAAGAAGUGCUUCCUCUUUACCACACUGAACAGUGGUCCAGCCUUAUAUUA